AAUGUUAUCACAAGUAUUCAUUUAAAGAAUAAAGCCUGUUUUGAUCCAGAUAUUGUGGCUUUUCAUUCUACGUGAUGUUGGUGAUAACUUCCUUCAGUUGUGACCUUCUUUUCCUUUAUUGCAGAUGGGGCAUCCUCUUCUCCCAUCCUCGGGACUUUACCCCAGUAUGCACCACAGAGCUUGGCAGAGCUGCAAAGCUGGCACCAGAAUUUGCCAAGAGGAAUGUUAAAUUGAUUGCCCUUUCAAUAGACAGUGUUGAGGAUCAUCUUGCCUGGAGUAAGGAUAUCAAUGCUUACAAUGGUAAUGAGCCCACAGAAAAGUUACCUUUUCCCAUCAUCGAUGAUAAGGAUCGGGACCUUGCCAUCCUGCUUGGCAUGCUGGACCCAGCAGAGAAGGAUGAAAAGGGCAUGCCUGUGACAGCUCGGGUGGUGUUUAUUUUUGGUCCUGAUAAGAAACUGAAGCUGUCUAUCCUCUACCCGGCUACCACUGGCAGGAACUUUGAUGAGAUUCUCAGGGUAGUCAUUUCUCUCCAGCUGACGGCGGAAAAGAGAGUUGCCACCCCAGUUGAUUGGAAGGACGGAGAUAGUGUGAUGGUUCUUCCAACCAUCCCUGAAGAGGAAGCCAAAAAACUUUUCCCUAAAGGAGUCUUCACCAAAGAGCUCCCAUCUGGCAAGAAAUACCUCCGCUACACUCCCCAGCCUUGAGUCUCUGAGAAGUGGGUUCUGUGAGCCAGAGGAUGUCCUAUGCCAAUGUUUUCCUACAGCAAUGCCAUAAAAAUAUCCUGGUGUCAUCACAGCCAAGGUCUCUAAAUUGCUCUACUACUGGCUUAUUAAAUGAAAAUGGCACUAAAAAUUGUGGGGGUUUCUGUCUCUGACUUCACCAGCACUCUUGUGUGCCUGUGUCAGCACUCUCUGCUGCAGUCUCUGACUCUGCAUAUGGGACUCUGUCUUGCUGGAUCUCCACAGGGCUUGUAACCAGUGAGGUUGAUGGUUGCUUUGCUCCAGCGUAGUAUGACUGUCAGUUUUGUUAGCUGUUCUAAUUGAAUCCUCUCUUCUGUUGAACCUCAAGUUGAACUUGAAGUUCAACCUCCUCUGUAAAUAUCCAAGUGUAUAACCCAGGAGCUUAGGGUAACCCUGAUGUUCUUUAAUAUUCAGAGUUUUGAUCACAGCUGGAGAAAAAAGCUUUUUAAUUCUGUACUUUUCUAGUAGAUAAGUGGGAAGAGCAAGGGAUUGGAACCUUUACAUAUGUUGCUAUAAAAAAAAUUGCAGUGAAUUUUUAUCAAAAGAGGGAGGCUGCAGAAAGGCUCCUCUUGGCUGCUUGGGGGGGUGAAUGUGGAGGUGUGAGUAACAGGACAAGUGCCAUGUGCCAUGUGCACUUCACUCGGUGUUCCAUGUGGGAGUUUGCUCUCUGAUGAAGCACACGUGGCAGGGCACACUUUGUGAGGAGGAGAGAUGAUCAAAGCAUUUUAUUAUUAAAACUAUUCUUGCAGUGGGUUGCUGUUUUCUGGAGCUUGCUUUUUAGGGAUCAUCAAAUAAAAUCCUUUAUUAAAACUGGA